AUGGAUGAACAAUACAAAACAGUCGUAGAAGCUUUGGGAAAUUUUGCGAAUGAGAAGGUAUCGGAGGAAGUUAAAGAUUUUUGGGAAGACAAAAAGUUGGAUCAAAAACUCAAUACAUUAGAUAAAAAACGAAAAAUAGUCGAGGCUGAAGGUAUUGUGAAUUUUUUGCAAACGGGGAACGAACGUUUAAAUGAUACUUCGAAGAUGGUUCAUAAGUCCCAGUUAAAUUUUUUGGAAAGGAACGAAGCAAAAAGAUCCAGAAUUGAUGAAGAAAAAGAAGCGGAGGAUGCUAAUAAGAAUGAAUCAGUUGCGAAUAACAAAUAUAAUUUAAGAGAAAGAGGAAAUAUUAAUUACAAUGAAGAAGGUUUGUCAAAGAAGCAAUGUGGAUACACUACACCUUCCCCAGGCAGUCCAACAUUACAUCCAUUGCCAAUGGAUAACUCGUUCUCAUUCAAAUACGAUGAUCAAUAUAUUUGGUUCUCCUUUACUCAUGAAAUUCACCAACAAAUCGCUCCAGCACAACAAAUAGAACUAAGUUCAGAGUGUGAGACAAAAUUUAGAAAAGCGAUUAAGCAAGCGACUAAGGAGUCACGUCAAAAAGCCAUAAAAUUGUUAUUAACGGAACUUUCAAAUGAUGAAACUUUUGAUGAAAACUUGGGUUCUGUGAUAUUGAAAGGUCUGGAAAUGUUGCCUAGUGAUAAGCUUAGAAAUGAACCUAGCGAGAUCACACUUAUCACAAAUUAUUUGGAUUAUAUAAUGAAAGGUGCAUUUCAUGAUGCUGACAAACAUAUUGUCCAGUGGCCAAACACAGCUUUGAACGAGAGGGAGGUUAGUCCUCCAUCACAAAAGACAAAUGUAUAUAAAAAUUGUUGUGACUUAAUCCGACUUGGUGUCUUUAUGAAGGACUGUAUGGACUUCGCAAUAGAGAAAGGUGCCGGUAUUAAUGUAAUCGGCUUUCAAUGUGUCGGUCAUACAAUCGAUUUUUAUAUGAUCGAUCUUAUUGAAGGAAUUUAUGUCAUGGUCCAUAUUGGCCAAGUUUCAGUUCCGGCAUCGUUAAAAGAAAUGUUAUUCUUCGUUGAUCAAAUUGAAAUACUUUUGGACAUACGAGAAAUUUUCAAAAAAUCCUUUAAUAUUUUGUACGAUAAGCUCUGCAAUCCAAAUUUACCGUCAGUAAAAACAAUGUUCAAACGCGAUACCCUUAGUACACCCCAAUUCAAUAAUCUUGUGAACAGGACACGUGAUUGUCACAGAAUUUGUCCAUUUUACUAUGGACGCUUCUAG